AUCAUAGUGAGAGGAGGUCCAGAAACUUGGGCACUGCCACUCCCUGUCCCGCUCCCCACUCUGUCUCUUUGACCACUAAAGCCACAACAGCCCAACUCCAGCCCUGCACAGACGCUUUUCUCUGACCACUUUACUCUUACUCUUCAAGGAAACGGACUCUGACCAUUACCUCUCGACCACCCCCACCCCAAUACUAGCAUAUGACCGUGACCAUGGUUGACAUCAACAACGGCUAUGAACAGAAGUUCCAGGCGGACAGACACCAUAAAGAGAUUGACCUGAUCAACAGAGACCCCAAGCAAGUCAAUGAGGAUGUGGUGAAGGUGGAAUUUGAGGAUGUGAUCGCUGAGCCUGAAGGUACUCAUAGUCUGGAUGGGGUGUGGAAAGCCAGUUACACAACCUUCACUGUGUCCAAGUACUGGUGCUACCGCAUCUUGUCAGCCAUUCUGGGCAUCCCUGUGGCUCUGCUGUGGGGCUUCCUUUUUGCCUGCCUCUCCUUCUGCCACAUCUGGGCAGUGGUACCCUGCAUUAAGUCCUGCAUAAUCGAGUCCCAGUGUCUGAGCCGUAUCUACUCCCUGAUUAUCCACACUUUCUGUGACCCACUGUUUGAAUCCCUAGGGAAAAUAUUCACCAGUGUCAGGGUGGUGCUACAGAAGGAGGUGUAGAGUUUAGCAGUAUGAGAAUGGGUCAAGAUGCUGUCCACUUUGCUGUAGGCUUCAUCACUUCUACACUGGUUGCUGUCAAACACCGUGGGUCUGACCCCUUUUCUCGUUUUCCACACAGAGUUUCUGAUAAUAGAUUUGCGUGUGCAGGCAGAAGAAAAAAUGUCAGUCCUCAAACAUGCCAUGGGUGAACAUGGGGAACAAUACAUUAUUAUCCAUGCUUAAUUCAUGGGACGGUGUACAUUAGCCCAGGGCAUCUAGCUAUGCUACCGAAGAGCCACAGUCCUGGUGGUUUUCACUCCAACCCUAAUUUAGCACACCUGAAUAAUUAGACCGUUAAUAACUGAAUGAGGCUGCAUAUACAUGGGGUUGGAAUGAAAACAACCAGGACAGUAGCUGGAGACCCCAGCUUCAGCCUGCAUUAAAAACAAGUUUGAUCAAAUAUUAUUAUGUUCUCUUUUAUGUUUUUUCACAUGUUGACGCUAUAAUAAAUAACUGUUUAUCAUUUCAGUUAGCUGUGAUGUUUCUCUUUAGUGCUUGUGACUUAGAAGAUAUGAAGAAUUCUCUGUAUUUUUAGGAAAGCUGAGAGCAGACAGAUCUAUCUACACAGACAUGCAUGAGUGGUUAAUGUUAUAAAGUGACCUCUGUGAUUAUUGAGAUGUUGAAGCAUCUUUUAUUUCAAAUCAAACAAUUUCUUUGAGAGUAAAUUAUAUAUUUUCUGA